ACACACACACACACACACACACACACACACACACACACAGACACUCAUCUCUGAGGUGCCAGCUUGUCUCUCAGUCUUCUGGAUUUAUUAAAGCUGAACAAACUGAGGUGACCUUUUAUUACUUCUGUUACUGAGCUUCAUGUUGUGAAGAGCUGGGCUCUCUGGUCUCAUGACUGUGGAACCUCUGACUGUAGAACCCCUGACUGAAGAACCUCUGACUGUAGAACCUCUGACUGUAAAACCCCUGACUGAAGAACCUCUGACUGUAGAACCUCUGACUGUAGAACCUCUGACUGAAAAACCUCUGACUGUAGAACCUCUGACUGUAGAACCACUGACUGUAGAAACUCUGACUGAAGAACCUCUGACUGAAGAACCCCUGACUGAAGAACCUCUGACUGUAGAACCUCUGACUGUAGAACCUCUGACUGUAAAACCCCUGACUGAAGAAACUCUGACUGUAGAACCUCUGACUGUAGAACCUCUGACUGUAGAACCCCUGACUGAAAAACCUCUGACUGUAGAACCUCUGACUGUAGAACCUCUGACUGUUGAAACUCUGACUGUUGAACCCCUGACUGUUGAACCCCUGACUGUAGAACACCUGACUGUUAAACCUCUGACUGUAGAACAUCUGACUGUAGAACCUCCUACUGUUGAACCUCUGACUGUUGAACCCCUGACUGUAGAAUCCCUGACUGAAAAACAUCUGACUCUUGAACCCCUGACUAAAGAAUCUCUGACUGUAGAACCCCUGACUGAAGAACCUCUGACUGUAGAACCUCUGACUGAAGAACCUCUGAGUGUAGAACCUCCUACUGUUGAACCUCUGACUGUUGAACCCCUGACUGUAGAAGCCCUGACUGUAGAAGCCCUGACUGAAGAACCUCUGACUGUUGAACACCUGACUGUUGAACACCUGACUGUUGAACCCCUGACUCUGGAACCCCUGACUGUGGAACCUCUGACUGUUGAACCUCUGACUGUUGAACCUCUGACUGUGGAACCCCUGACUGUGGAACCUCUAAGAGUUGAACCUCUGACUGUUGAACCUCUGACUGUUGAACCCCUGACUUAAGAACCUCUGACUAUUGAACCUCUGACUGUUGAACCCCUGACUGUUGAACCUCUGACUGUUGAACCUCUGACUGUUGAACCCCUGACUGUUGAACCCCUGACUGAAGAACCUGUGACUGUAGUGCCUCCAACUGUUGAACCCCUGACUGAGGAACUUCUGACUGUAGAACUUCAGAGUGUAGAACCCCUGACUGAAGAACCCCUGACUCUUGAACCUCUGUCUGUAGCACCACUGACUAUUGAACCACUGACUGUAGAACCUCUGACUGUUGAAACUCUGACUGUAGAACCCCUGACUGUUGAACCCCUGGCUGAAGAACCUCUGACUGAAGAACCUCUGACUGUAGAA